CGGCUCUGCGUCGUAAUAACGCGACUCAAUAUAUCGUACUGUGAAAACUUUUAAUAAUAAUCAAAUAUACGUGUGGUGUUAUUUCCGUCUGCAUCGUCUGGUGCCCAAUCCGUGAGGAUACAGAGGAUUUCCAUUUCAUAUCGAUGGUGCCAAGAAUGUGGAAACUGUGAUACUAAUAAAACCUUAAUAUUUUUGGCGAGAUUUACUUCAUAAAAAAAUCACCAUGUCGAACGCGGCUAUAGAAAACGGUGUGCCCGACGAACGGGCCACAACAUACUACUUUCCAAAGACUGGUUCAAGUGCCACGCUAUGGCAGAGGAUGAGGCUGUUCGUGUCUAUAUAUUGGAAGGCACUUAUUGUAGUACUCACACCACUGAUCCUACUGCCUAUACCUUUAUUAAAUCAUGAAGCUGCAUACAGAUGCAUGUACGUAGUCCUAAUAAUGGCAAUCUACUGGGUGUUGGAACUGCUACCGUUACCAGUCACAUCCAUGCUGCCAAUAGUCUUAUUCCCCACCAUGGGUAUACUGGACUCAGACAAGACCUGUGCAGCAUACAUGAAGGAGACUAACAUGAUGUUCAUGGGAGGUCUGAUGAUCGCUGCUGGGGUACAGCAUUCUAAGUUACCCAAAAGAGUUGCCCUGUGGACUGUGCAGGUUGUUGGCUGUUCUCAUAGAAGACUGAACUUUGGAUUAACUUUCGUGACUAUGUUCAUAUCAAUGUGGGUAUCUAACGCCGCCGCCACCACAAUGAUGGUCCCCAUCGUUGAGGCCAUUUUAGAAGUAUUAGAACAGCAAGGACUUGGUGAUGUCUUCUUAAACAGGAAGAAGAACCCACCGGCGGAAAAUGGAAAAGAUUCCAAACCCGUAGCGAAAACUGGAGAAGAAGAAGCGCCAAUGCCGAGCGACAUAACAAUCUGCUACUACCUGAGCAUAGCGUAUGCUUCUACACUCGGAGGCUGCGGAACCCUCGUCGGAACUGCCACCAACUCCGCCUUCAAAGGAAUCUUUGAUUCCGAGUUCCCCGAGUACUCGAGCUCGGUGAACUUCUUCUGGUUCAUGGCGUACAGCACUCCGCCGAUGCUGAUCAUGCAGUUGCUCGUCUGGGUGGCCCUGCAGGUCACCUUCAUGGGCAUGUUCAGGCCAAACAGUGAAGCAGCUAAGAAGGUGAACAUGGCGUCAUCAGGAUCAUUGACCACCAUGAAAGUCAUUAAAGAGCAGUACAGAAACCUUGGACCUAUCACUUUCCAUGAAAAGGCCUCUGGUCUCCUGUUUAUCCUGGCUGUGUUCCUGUACAUCUUCCGCCGCCCCGGCUUCAUGCCCGGCUGGGCUGAUGUGCUUACUACCAUGAAAGUGAAGGACGGCGUGACGUCGAUGUUCAUCGUGACCCUGAUGUUCAUCCUACCGAUGUGCUGCGACUUCCUCAAGUUCUUCUCCAGCUCAUCAUCAUAUGAAGAAUUGGCGGCGACUAAGCCAUCACCCAGCAUCGUGACCUGGGGUAUCCUGAAGGAAAAGAUCCCAUGGGGUCUGUUGUUCUUGCUUGGUGGAGGCUUCGCCCUCGCCGAAGGCAGCAAAGCCACCGGUCUAUCCUCCAUGAUCGGGUCCUCCCUAGAAGGUCUGCAAGGCCUGAACCAUGCAGUGGUCUUACUGGUAGUGGUGCUGGUGACACAAUUCAUCACAGAGUUCACUUCCAAUGUGGCGAUAGCGAACCUUAUACUGCCUGUUCUGGCUAAUAUGGCCCGUGUCCUCCACAUCGACCCUCGUUACCUGAUGAUCCCGGCGACGCUGGCCUGCUCCAUGGCGUUCCACAUGCCCGUGGGAACUCCGCCCAAUGCUAUCGUCGCGGGAGUCGCGCAUAUACCUACUUCUAAGAUGGCUGUCGGCGGCAUAGGCCCCAAAAUAAUCACCACCCUCAUCGUAUGGGGCGCGUACCCCACGUGGGGCUCAGUGAUCUUCCCCACCAUCGCCCCCACCGUGGCUCCCUCACACAACGCCACCACCCCCGUCAACAACCUCACGUUAGCUUGCAAUACCACGCUCGCCAGUUUUGCCAGCCUCCCCAACUUUAACUGCACAAUACCCACAAAUAAAACUAGCCUCUUCACCUGCAAUUAUCUUCCUUUAACUAGUUAAAAAAAAAACAUUAUAGUGAAGGGAUUUUUAAAGCAUUUUUGUUAAAGUAUUUAUCGAUUUAGGUAAAUGAACAAUAUUUAUGAAGAUGUACAGGUAUGUGCCAUUUUGUACUGUUUUCAAACUAAAGAUAUUUCUCUCUUUAGUUUUUAAAGCAAUCUCAGUGUGAAAAUAUUUCUCUUUUGAAUUAUUUUCUUAGUGUGAGACAGGAGUACCCAGUUUAAAGUUUUGUGUUGGUUGGCCUAUAUUAUCUGUAUUUAUUCAAUGUUGCCAACGUAAUGAUAAUACAGUAGUACAUGUGAUGGAAUUGUUCAAUAACGUCUACAUUUUACCAAGAAUAGCCAAUAUUGACUUAUUUUUGCGUACUUAAUUUAUUUGGAUUUUUGGCCUGUAAUGUAACAUUUAAAUUGUAUAUCCAAAGUUAUUAAAAUUGGGCAAUGAGUGCUUAUUGUAAAAUUAUGCUUAUAUAAGAAGCAUAGGACUUUAUUAAGCAAAUUCGUCACAGGUCUUUCAUAAACUGAAAUCAUGUAUGCGUAUUUUAUUCAGUAUAAAAGCAUUUUAUAUGAUAAAUAAUAUUAAAGCAGCAUUUAUUUAUACAUAUGUGGAGUAUGACAGUCGCCCCACCGACUCAGUACAUUGCCGAAAUAUAUAAUUUACUUGAUAAAUAUAUAUUUUUCAUACAGUUGGACACCAACGAAAUAACGAAAACUACCUAUAUUGAAUUUGUAGACAUUAUAUUCAUCUUCAAAGUUAUAACCAAAUAUGCAUUUUUAUAACAAUGUCCAACUGUAUAUAGUGGAAAUAUGGCCAAAAAGUAGUGCCUAACGAUCCAGCCUACUGGGACAAUAAUAAUGCUUAAAUGUAAUAUUAUAGUACGUAAUAUGUAUUGUAACGGAGUAAAGCGGGUGAGGAUUUGUAAAACAAUGUGCUUUUACAUUUGCAACGAAUUUUGUCGGAACGAAAUAAAAAAAAUGUCUUAUGUCAUUAAGACUAUUUUUGCAUGAUGCAGUAGAUACUUGAAAAGAGGUUAUGAAAAUGCGGCGCCAUAUGUGCAUGAAAAAAGAAUCUCAAUGUUCCAAAUUCAAACAAAAAACGCGCGAAUUACAAUAGUGUUGCAAGUUCUGAUAAAAUAUCUACCAUUUUACGUUUGCAAAUGUGAAGUAACAUAAAAAUAUAUUUUGUAUAGAAAAUGUUUAUGUGAAGGUGUAAUUCAAAUAUGUUUUAAUUUUAAUCCCGGUCUAACGGGAUGUUCCUAGUUUUAAUAGCAUGUAAUAUAUUGAAUGCGUGUGGUGUGUGAAUUCGUAUGUGUUGAAUGAAUCUUAUAAAUGUGAAGAGUUUAUAUAAAAAUAUUUAUUUUUGGACCUUUUCCUUUGUAACAUAUUCCAGAUAGGCUCCUUUACGACCGUUCCUAAUAUUCUAUCUGUCUAUGAUUUUGGAUACUAGAGAUGGGUCUUAUGUCAAAAUUCUAUCGCUAGGUAGAAAAACUAUGGAUAGGAUAUUGGAAACGGCCGUUAGUAAAUACAGCUUGUAGGUGCCUUAACAUAAGUCCAUAUAAGAACAAAAUGUGCUUUUGUUGUCAAACAAAUAUUGUGAUGCCUUUAUGUAAGUGAGUGGAAAAGUGCAAAUUAGUCGUAAUUAUUAUAUUGAUAAUUAUUUUAGGCGUGUGAAUGUUUAUUGCGUACAUAAAUAUAAGAGUUUUGAAAUGAAUUUUGAUAAUUUUUGAAUAAUGCUACGUAAUGUAGUUGAUAUUUCCAUUUCAAUGUCGUUUGGACAAUUAUUUGAAUUGAAAAUUUUGAUACCGAUCAUGUUCUAUUUAUAAUAAUAGUCAGAAUACAUUGAAGAUAAAAAUCUAAAGUUUUGUAAUUGCGAUCUGUAUAAAUUAUAUUGAUAUUAUACCAAAUUUGUAUAAAUAGGUUGUUCUUUUGAACAAGAACCUAGUUUAAAAUAUAUUUGAAUAAUCCAAAAUGUAGCUUUUGAUAUUAUAAAAAAUAUAAACCGCAUUUUACUGACCCAAGCGUUCUUAGCAAGGAAAUAAUCAUUUUUAUAUAUUAAUCUUUGAAAGUAUUCCGAAUUAAAUAAACCCACUCAGUGAUUUUACAUAGAAGAAAUAGUACGUAUUUUAUAAUGCAUACGUAUAUAUGUAUAGCGGUGAUCAAAUGACAUGAAAAUAGCUAAGGAAACUCCAUGGAUGGCAAAAUGAUGAUAUCCCAUAGUGAUCGUAUACAGAGUUAAUCGUAUAAGAUUUUGUAGUACCAGUUAGUUUUCCAAAAUUUUAAGUCGGUUGUGAUAAUAAUUUUUGUCACAAAUGCUUAUUUUAGGUUAUUAUUAUCACUUUGAACGCCAAAUCAUGUUUUGUUCUUGAAUUUCUCGUGGUACUUAGAAACAUUUGUUUUGCAAAACUGAAAUAGUAUAUAUGAAAUGUACGUAAUGUGCUCAUUUUGUAAAUAUGGAUCGAAGGAGUGUGUUGUUGAUUAAAUAUGUUGCAAUGAAAA